AUGGCAAGUCCAGCUCACUGCUUCUUCUGCUUUGAAACUCUCGCCGCCAGCUUCGACCAUCGUGAUCCACCUACGUUACAGAAAGUCCUUGACACCUACGACCAAUACAUACUACGUGACAAGAUCAUCGAGGAAGGGGGAUCUACUGCCGGGGAUGAGGAUGAGACUCGGCUAGGCCCGGACGGCAGCAAGUCUGACGAGGGAGAGGACGAUGAAGAGGAUGAGGAACGAGGCCAGGAAGAGGAACAACGGAUCCAACGCAGGACUGCACCGGCUGCAAGCCCUCAGAACCCCAGCAUCUCUCGAUUGCAGGCCUCAACCUCCUCGUCUAGAUCUUCUUCAGCCUCCUCACCCUCUCUCAACUCCUCGACGUCUUCCAGUUCUCAUGUGACCGCCAUGUCCAGUACUACGUCAAUUCUCUCCUCUCCGCCGUCCUACGCCUCACGCUUGUCAGUGACUGAUUCAUACCCCCUCUUUGUCACAUGGAAUACACUCUCGCGGUCGGGGCACAAGUCGCUCCGUGGCUGCAUAGGGACCUUUGAAGCUCUGCCACUUGCUUCAGGUCUUGCCACAUACGCCCUGACGUCUGCUUUUGAUGACACACGAUUUUCGCCGAUACCGGCCUCCUUAUUGCCGGGACUGUCUUGCUCUCUAACUUUGCUUGCAGAUUUUGAACCUUGUCAGGAUGCUAUGGAUUGGAUUCUGGGUGUACAUGGCCUACGAAUCAGCUUUACCCAUCGCAAUCGAAGGCAUGGUGCAACCUACCUUCCCGACGUGGCGGUGGAACAGGGAUGGAGUAAGGAAGACACGGUGGAAAGUUUGAUGAAGAAAGCAGGUUGGGAUGGUGGGUACGGUCAUGGUGUAGCCCGGCGACUUCUACGAGGGUCGGGGAGAGGCGAGCAGCAAAGUCCGAAGCCAUGGGAGGAAGUCAAUGAUUUCAGAGCGGUCAGAUAUACUGGGUUGAAAUCAAGUGCAACUUUCAGUGAGUGGAAGGAAUGGCGCGACUGGGUGAACAAGGAAGGCGACUCUCUGAGAUGA